GGCUGGGCGCACGUCGAGGGCUGCGGCCACCGCGCAGGGCACGGCCGUGGGCCCGGGAUCUCAGCGACUGGACAGAGGUCCAGCUGUCGGGAGGGCGGAGAGCCGCAGGGCCUGCAAAGAUGCUGGCUGUCCCAGAGGUGGGCCUGCAGGGACUGUACAUCGGCUCCAGCCCAGAGCGCUCCCCAGUACCCAGCCCUCCCGGCUCCCCGAGGACCCAGGAAAGCUGUGGCAUUGCCCCCCUCACACCUUCGCAAUCUCCAAAGCCUGAGGCCCGAACCCCCCAGCAGGCUCCUUUCUCCGUGGUGGUAGCCAUCGACUUUGGUACCACAUCCAGUGGCUAUGCCUUCAGCUUUGCCAGCGACCCUGAGGCCAUCCACAUGAUGAGGAAAUGGGAGGGCGGGGACCCAGGUGUAGCCCACCAGAAGACCCCUACCUGCUUGCUGCUGACGCCGGAGGGUGCCUUUCACAGCUUUGGCUACACGGCCCGGGAUUACUACCACGAUCUGGACCCUGAGGAGGCACGCGACUGGCUCUACUUCGAGAAGUUCAAGAUGAAGAUUCACAGCGCCACUGAUCUCACCUUGAAGACCCAGCUAGAGGCUGUAAAUGGAAAGAAAAUGCCUGCCCUGGAGAUAUUCGCCCAUGCCCUGCACUUCUUCAAGGAGCACGCCCUUCAGGAGCUGAGAGAGCAGUGCCCAUCGCUGCCGGGGAAGGACGCUGUGCGCUGGGUGCUGACGGUGCCUGCCAUCUGGAAACAGCCGGCCAAGCAGUUCAUGCGGGAGGCUGCCUACCUGGCUGGCCUGGUGUCAAGAGAAGAUGCAGAGCAACUACUCAUCGCCCUGGAGCCCGAGGCUGCCUCUGUCUACUGCCGAAAGCUGCGCCUGCACCAGCUCCUGGACUUGAGCACCCGGGCCCCGGGUCACGGGCGCCUGGGUGAGCGUCGCUCCAUCGACUCCAGCUUCCGCCAGGCGCGAGAACAGCUGCGAAGGUCCCGCCACAGCCGUACAUUCCUGGUGGAGUCAGGUGUCGGAGAGCUGUGGGCAGAGAUGCAAGCAGGAGACCGCUACAUGGUGGCAGACUGUGGGGGAGGCACAGUGGACCUGACAGUGCACCAGCUGGAGCAGCCCCAUGGCACCCUCAAGGAACUCUACAAGGCAUCUGGUGGCCCCUAUGGUGCUGUGGGGGUGGACCUGGCCUUCGAGCAGCUGCUGGGCCGCAUCUUCGGGGAGGAUUUCAUUGCCACUUUCAAGAGGCAACGGCCAGCAGCCUGGGUGGAUCUGACUAUCGCCUUCGAGGCCCGCAAACGCACGGCAGCCCCACACCGCGUGGGGGGGCUCAACAUCUCUCUGCCCUUCUCCUUCAUCGACUUCUACCGCAAGCAGCGAGGCCACAACGUGGAGACGGCCCUGCGCAGGAGCAGCGUGAAUUAUGUGAAGUGGUCCUCCCAGGGGAUGCUCAGGAUGACUAGUGAGGCCAUGAACGAGCUCUUUCAGCCCACCGUCAACGGGAUCAUUCAGCACAUAGAGGCUCUGCUAGAGAGGCCGGAGGUGCAGGGUGUGAAGCUGCUGUUCCUGGUGGGCGGCUUCGCUGAGUCGGCGGUGCUGCAGCACGCGGUGCAGGCGGCCCUGGGCGCCCGCGGCCUGCGCGUGGUGGUCCCGCACGACGUGGGCCUGACCAUCCUCAAGGGCGCCGUGCUCUUCGGGCAGGCCCCGGGCGUGGUGCGGGUGCGCCGCUCGCCGCUCACCUACGGCGUGGGCGUGCUCAACCGCUUCGUGGCCGGGCGCCACCCGCCGGACAAGCUGCUGGUGCGCGACGGCCGCCGCUGGUGCACCGACGUCUUCGAGCGCUUCGUGGCGGCCGAGCAGUCGGUGGCCCUGGGCGAGGAGGUGCGGCGCAGCUACUGCCCCGCGCGCCCCGGCCAGCGGCGCGUGCUCAUCAACCUGUACUGCUGCGCCGCCGAGGACGCGCGCUUCAUCACCGACCCGGGCGUGCGCAAGUGCGGCGCGCUCAGCCUCGAGCUGCAGCCGGCCGAGGGGGGCCCCGAGAGCGCGGGCGCGCCCCCCGGGCGCCGGGAGAUCCGCGCCGCCAUGCAGUUCGGCGACACCGAGAUUAAGGUGACCGCCGUGGACGUGAGCACCAACCGCUCGGUGCGCGCCACCAUCGACUUUCUUUCCAACUGAGGGCGCGCGCCGCGGCGUCAGCCCCUCGG